AGUCCGCAAAUUGUAAUUGACGGUGCCAAACGCGCCAAUUGUAAUUUGUAAUCAAUUGCUUUGUUACUUAUACGAAGUGUUUCUGUGAGUUGGAACUGAACUUUAUUCAGACAGAAAUGGGAGAGGAUCGAGAAGUUAACGGAGACGUAGGAGAAACACAAAGUGAACAAAACCCAAAACACCAAGCAAAAGAAGAUAAUAACGUGACAAUAAAUACAAAUGCAAAUGAAACUAGCAUAGCCAAAGAAAACUCUGAUGGUACCAGUUCGAAUGUGUCUAACUACAUACAAAAUAUUAAAAUAUCUAACUCAAGUACCGGCCUCGCGUUAAACGACAAAGAAAAUUGUAAAGAGGCGCCAUUAUUCACAGAUUCCAAAACUGUUGUCAGAUUUUCGCCAGCAUGGAAACAGACCGUGGCAGCGUCAGCAGCAAUCCUGAUGACCUUCACUUCUGGUCUCACGUCCGGUUACUCAGCAAUUGUCCUACCACAGUUGAAAGAGCCUGGUAGCGUUAUUCCAUGGGAUGAGGACACAGCAUCAUGGAUAGGUAAAAUACUAUAUUGAUUUUAUCACGCUCGCUUUUGUCUUGCUUAGCCAGAUCGCCACAAUCUUCGAAUUCAUCGCCACUUACCACAACCCUUAAAGUCCACUGUUGAACAUAGAGCUGUCCAGUUGUAGGGAUGGUUUGCUUAAAUAGUCUCUCUUGGCAGGCGGGUUACAGUCGCAUUACCAGUACCAGGUACCACAGUUUGGACGCUGCUACCGAUCAGAGGUCUGACGUUAGAUUACGUCUGGAAUAAACGAGAUGGUAUGGAGGACGAAAUGGGGCACAACAUGGCAAAUGAGUAUAUUAUGCAGACUUUAUAUAAAACUGGUGUACUGACGUUGUAAGAAUAUACACUAACCCAUAUCGCCCCAUGGGUGUAAGAGGCGACAGAGGGAAAUCAGGAGAUGGAAGGCAGCGUCUACCUAAUAACCACUAUAAAAUAAAAACAACUGUGGUUGCUAACCCACCUGCUAAACGUGGCAACUAUAGUAAAUAUCCUCUAUCACAGGCACCGCGGCACAGGCCUCCAUUCAUUUCUAAAAGAGUUUUUGGACAAGGAACAAUCCUCAAUGUAUGCGUGUCGGACUUUGCAUGUCCUCCAAAUAUAAUUAUUCUUUCAGACAAGAAGGUUUCCUUACGAUGUUUACUCUAACCGCAGAAGUCAAUUAACUUUUAAAAUUGCAACAAAAUAUUUAGCUUUUGGUGAUUUGUAUGACUCCCACGUUGGUCUACUGGUUGUAUAUGCAACUACGUGGGUUCCAAUCCGUGGUCGAGUUAUAGGGUCUUUCUGUCAAUAUAUUCUCAGUAGCAGCCUGGAGUCAGGCAGUUGUCGAUGUUUCACCGCCGUUCCUCGGAAAGCAUGCAAAACCGUCCUCCUGAUCUCUUUCCGGUCCUGUUAGAUCACCAUCAUCAGGACAUGACUAAUAGAAUAGAAAGCCUGAGCUUGCGCAAUUAUUGUGCAAUUAAUCCUGUCCUUCGCACAUGGCUAGUCUCUGUUAAAACUGGCGAUAGAUGGAGAUAGAUCUCGACUUGCUCUCAUAUAUAUUUUAAAGAAAGCGCUUAUUCUCUGUGUUGCCAUGUUUUAUUUAAAAAGGUACAUAAAUUCAUUUAUGUACUUCUUUGAAGCUAUUCGUCUUUAUGGCUCCUUAAUUACAUUUCACAACCAGACAUCCCGCCGUGAUAGCCCGCGUGAUCGCCGAUGCCAAAUUUUGCAUUCUUGAAAAUAAUAUAAUGCGAUAUAAUAUAAUUGAUCUGCCAUUUUUCCAUGCGUAUUGGAGUUAAUUAAUUAAUUAAGUUAAUUAUAAAACGCUUAAUUAGAAAUGUACAACAUUUAUGUCAUUUUGGCAUAUAGUGUCAUAUAGUAGGAACGUAAAAAAAUCAUCAUCCCAUUUUGUUCCGUCGUAAUAACGGAGGAAGUUUUCAAUUCAACUGGAUGUUCUCUUUUAUGUGUAUGUUACGCGAUACAUUUGUCAAUUGUAGAUCGACCAUUCAUUCCAUUUCAUUAUAUCCAUUAAAAGUCCACUGCUGAACAUAGGUCUCUCUAUGCCACCUCACAAUCUAAGAAGAUUGCCUCAUAGGUGGAAUAUUUGCCAUAGUUUCCACGCUUCACACAGAUCAUUUUUUUGUCUUACUAUCAGGCAGGGCUGCAGCAUAAUCCUGCAGCAACUUCAAAUGCUUCAAAUGCCUUCUAUCUCCUCUUUAGUUUCCCUCGGUCCCUUCUUACGACACCCACGGGACGAUAUUAGGUAGUGAAUGUUCUUACACCGCCACUACACGGUUGUUAGAAUAGAAUAGAAUAGAAUAGAAUGAUUUUUAUUCAAUAUGGAUUAUUACAUAAUACUUAUUGAAAGUCAUUAUUUUAUUUACCACUGUUAACUCAAGAGUCCAAAAUUAGACUGUAUUAUUUACUGUAACUCUAAUAACUUUACUAAAUUAUUAUCGCACUAAAGUGCUAUAACUAGUCCACGUAUUGUCGGUGAAAUUCAACCACCUCCGCUACAUUAUCAUCAUCAUCAUUACAGCCCUUCACAAUCCCACUGCUGUACAUAUGCCCACCUUAAAUAAUGCCACAAAGCACGGUCCUGAGCCACCUGCAUCCAUCGACUUCCUGCAUGUCUUACCAGGUCGUCAAUCCAACUAGUGGCUGGCCCUACCUUCACUUGCCGGUACCAUGUUCGAUUACUCUUACCCAAUUUACAAAAUUCUGAUAUUUAAAAUUGGAUAUAUUUUCACACAUCGAACGCGAAGCGGAGAUGUAGUGCUCUAUUGUCACCAAAUCAAAAAAUCAUGAUUAACUCAACUUAAAUCACUUCUACCAGCUUUAUAUUGCAAUGCAUUUAUAUAAUAAAAAAGUACAUCAAUGGAAUGAGGAGAUUUCAAUUAAUACUGACGUAGUUAUAAGAUUAUUUAUUUCGGUUAUUAUUAAGAAAAACUUAAUUGAAAAUAAUUUCACUUGGACGUCAGUUGGUCGGUAUGGACGUGAACAAGAUAUCUUUCGAAAACUAAACUUAUCACUUUAAUUUUUUUAUUAGCUUUUAAUACAUAUUACUUUACAUUUUAAUCCUUAGUAAGGCUUUUGAAUUUCACUAUUGUAUUCAAAACAUUACAUGAGCGUUCGAAGUAUGUACUUUUGGAUUUUCCAAAUUUUUUUUUAUAUUUUAUUCUAUAUCAAUUACUGAAUAUGCCCUUAAUUUUUCUGGUAAAAAUAGUGUAGUAUGAUAUUAUAUUGUUUAAUAUGUUGUUCGUUUAAUUUUUCAGCGGCAAUGGCAGCCUUACCAAUGGCUCCAGGAUGUCUCCUCGCAGGAUGGAUGAUGGAAAAGUUUGGUAGACGCAACUCGCACUACAUAGUCUGUGCACCACUACUUCUGGGCUGGAUCUUCAUAUCAUGCGCAAACAAUCUAACCCUGAUGCUAAUCGGGAGAUUCCUAACUGGCCUUUGUGUUGGUCUACUGGGACCAUUAGUCCCGGUCUACAUUGGAGAGACAUCCGAGCCGAAGACCAGAGGUAUCUUCCUUGCUGCAGUGUCAUUGGCAAUCGCGGUGGGGAUCCUCGUAGCCCAUAUAAUUGGCACUUUCAUCUCUUGGCAAUGGACCGCGGUGAUAUGCUGUCUGUUUCCAAUACUAUCGGUGAUUUUGCUAAGUGCAGUGCCAGAAAGUCCAACUUGGCUAAUCUAUAAAGGCCAAGUAGAUAAAGGAGUGACUGCGUAUUAUUGGCUAAGGGGUUACAGCGAAGAAGCGAAAACAGAGUUACAGAAGAUAAUUGAGAGACGUAAGACAACGGAGUCGGAGACUAUCCUAACUUGGAGGGAGAAGAUAUCUAAUCUGAAAAGUCCAGAAUUGCUGAAACCCCUAGCAAUUAUGAUCAUAUUCUUUGUUACGUGCCAAUUUUCUGGUGUGAAUGCUAUCGCGUUCUAUUCUAUUGAGAUAGUUGAGAAGGCCGUCGGGAAGGGCAUAGACCAUUAUGUGGCGAUGUUGAUAAUUGACGCGCUGAGGACGGUGAUGUCAGUGGUGGCAUGUGUCGUAUGCAAGCAAUAUGGUAGAAGACCGUUGUGCUUGAUCAGUGGUAUCUGGACGGGAUUGUCCAUGAUCGGACUGUCACUGUAUUUGUACUGGACAGAUGGGAAGCCCACGGACAUGUCCUGGCUGCCGUUAUCAUGUUUGAUGGUUUACAUUUGCGCCAUAUCGAUCGGCCUCGUACCUCUACCUUGGAUGAUGUGUGGAGAAGUGUUCCCCACGAAAACGCGAGGGCUUGGAUCUGGUAUCAGUUCUGCGACAACGUUCCUGGCGUUUUUCGUUGUUGUUAAAACGGCACCCCGCAUGAUGUCGAACCUGGGAGAAGUGUACACAUUCCUUUUCUACGGUGUCGUAGCGCUCGUUGGAACCGGAAUUAUGUACUUUAUCCUGCCUGAGACCAAGGGCAAGAGUUUACAGGAAAUCGAGGAUAAAUUUAGAGGAAUUAAAAACAAUAAAGUCUAGUCUAGUCUUCAUUAUUUUUAAGUCAAUGUUCAAUGAUAUUCUCUUAAUCGCUAUAAGCGUAAAUUUAUUAUAAUCUGUGAUAUUAUAGUCUGUAAAAUACUAAUUAACUAAGAAUAAAAUAUGUUAUUCUUUAU